UGCACCUCUCCGGCUGGAAGUGUGAAUCGGCUUCCCGAAGGAACCAAAGACGCGCUGUUUGUUUUCAGAUGCGUAAAAGACCCUUUCUGUUUGCAAACUACCUGCAGUUUCUACGCGUAAAAGGAAAGGAACCGCGGGCUUGAUUUGUUUACGGAGAUUAUGGACUUUACGGACGAGGGAGGUCUUAUGAACUAAAACCUGUUGCCAGUUCGACCCGAGCUGGUUUACCAUUUCAGGUUUGCUGUGGAUAUGAUGCUGGCUGCCCGCUUGCGCACUGGCUGGUAGUUGGAGCGAAGCUUGUGAUCUGUACUCCACUUAUUUGAGAGGCACCAUGCAUGUGUCUUUGGCUGAGGCUCUGCAGGUUAGAGGAGGGCCACUAAAGGAGGAGGAGGUGUGGGCCGUGCUGAACCAGAGCGCUGAGACCCUCCAUGAACUCCUCCGCAGAGAUCCAUCUGCGUUGGGUUUCAUCAUCUCUCCAUGGUCACUGUUGCUCAUGCCUUCCGGAAACAUAUCGUUCACUGAUGAGAACGUUACUCAGAAGGAUCUGAGGGCUUUUACUGCCCCAGAGGUGCUGGAUGGCCACAAUCUCUCCUCACUUUCUGAUAUGGAAAAGAUGCACAUGUAUUCACUCGGCAUGACACUGUUUUGGGGGGCUGACUACGAGAUUCCCCAGAGUCAGCCAAUGAAACUAGGCGAACACCUAAACAGCAUUCUGCUCAAAAUGUGUGAUGAUUCGACUCUCUCCCGACUAUCCAUACGCUCAGUUCUGGAUACCUGCAGCACUCACAUCCGCAGCUCCAACUGUGAUCCUUCGUUUUCCUACAUCAGAAGACUUGUGAGGCUCGUUCUUGGCAGCCUCUCUCAGCUGGACGGUCUUCUGUCUCAAACUGAAAAAGAAUCCCUUCCUGAGCGAAGUAAAGAGAUCCGUGAACGUCUACGAGGGAAAGGCCUGCCAGCUGGACGAAGUGCAGCCCAUCGUGUGUUGGAGCGUUAUCGAGCCCGGACCCAGGAGCAGGCAAACCUGAACCGUGGACUCAGCCGCUCUAUGGGCUCUCUCUCUAUCCAGGACAUUGUUAGAGCGGACGUGGGUCUCUCUCAGUACCCCUCAUCAGAGUACCAAGCAGGGUCCGACACCUCAGCCAAAGUUUACCACCAACGUCAACAACAACUUCAGCAACAACGCGGCCGACCCAAGGAAGUGGACCAGCGUUCUCUCCCCCAUCAAAGAAACAAGAGCUGGGCUUCCUCAGCAGACCUGGCCUUCCUCGACCCACAUAUGCUCCGGUUUGGGGCCCUGGAUGAUGCCCGAAGAGGCAGCAGUGCUUUGACUACUCACUCAGCUGGUAGACAUAAGUCUUCAACAAGGGACCAAGACUCUCGUUACUCUGAGUUUGGAAGCCUGGAUGUAUGGAAAGUCCAUCACAACUCGAGCCAGCCUGUGGGGUCGCCGUUCAACAGUGCUUACGACCAGAUCAAGGAGAAGCAUAAGAAACUGCAGGCGCUCAAACAGGCCAUGGAUGAUCCCCUGCAUACUCACAGAAGAUAUCACAGCGACUACAGUUCCUCCAGCGAAAGUCCCUCUGUGACAUCAUCAGACCCUGAUUAUAGACAAGCUAAGAAGCCUGAAGAUACGAGACGGUACAGCUCACAGGUCGGACUGGUGGAGCAUGAUGCAGUGUCACUCAACAGUGCACAGAGACACCGGCUGUUUGAAGCUGGUCAGGACGAGCUGUCGGGCACAGAACUUCUGAUCCAGCCAGAGGAAGAGAUGCACAGGCUCCAGGCCCGGCUUUCCCGGGCCUCCGUUUAUCCUGAAGAAGACCGCAGAACCUCCUUGCUGGACCUGGUGGAACCCCUCCGUAGAAGUUCGUUGGAUGCAGGCCUCCAUCCACGCAAAGCUAAAAAUUUCUUGGGCCCUGAGUUUGUGAAGAUGAGCAGUGAGCCAUGCGUUCUUCUAAAAUUGCCUUCAUCAAUAACGAAUAAACAUGGAAAGGUGGAGGAGAGUCUGAGGAAGGUGGGGGUGGUCUUACUGAAUGGUCAGAAGUUGGAGCUCUGCUGUGACGUGAAGGCUGUUUGUAAGGACGUAUUGGACAUGGUCGUAGCUCACAUCGGCCUGGUGGAACACCACCUUUUCGGCCUCGCCUACCUUAAAGAUGACGAGUUCUUUUUUGUCGAUCCCGAUGCCAAACUUUCAAAAGUGGCGCCUGACGGUUGGAAGGACGAUCCUAAAAAAAGGAAAACAGAUGUCAAUUUGAAUUUGUUUCUGCGUAUCAAGUUCUUUCUAGAUGACGCCAAUCUGAUACAGCAUGCAAUGACCAAACACCAGUACUACUUGCAGUUGCGCAAAGAUAUCCUAGAGGAGCGGGUGCGCUGUGACCUGGAAAAUGCCAUUAUCUUGGCGUCUCUGGCACUGCAGGCAGAGUUUGGAGACUAUCAGCCUGAGCUCCACGGAAAGACAUAUUUCCGGACAGAGUACUACCUCCCCGCCUCAGUGCUGGAUAAGAUUGAUCAGACCACCAUUAAAGAAGAGCUGCCCAAACUCCACAGCACAUACUACAACACCUUGGAGGAAGAAGCUGAGCUGGAGUUCCUAAAGGUGAGCCAGCGGCUGACGGAAUAUGGAGUACACUUCCAUCGUGUGCUUCCAGAGAAGAGGUCCCAGACUGGCAUCAUGCUGGGCAUGUACUCCAAGGGUGUCCUCAUCUUUGAGGUCCUGAAUGGAAAUCGAACCCCUGUGUUACGGUUCCCCUGGAGGGAUACCAAGAAGAUCUCUUUUAAUAAAAAGAAGAUUUGCUUGCAGAACACUUCGGAUGGGAUAAAACACCUGUUUCAGACAGACACUCAGAAGACCUGCCAAUAUUUGCUGCAGCUCUGCUCGGCUCAGUACAAAUUCCAUCUGCACAUGAAGGCCAGACAGAACAACCAAGAACUGCAGGACUUGGAGAACUCUCCUAUAAGCAGUCUGCAGUACACCGAUGGGAUGGGUGCUAUCAGUCUGUCCCCCGGCACUGACCCCGAACUCUACAAGAGGAUCUCAUAUGCUGAGAUGUCCCUCAGCAAGGGCUUAUCGAGUCGGAUCUAUGUCCCAACUGACCCGUCCUAUCCCGGGUACAACAUCAGCUCUAAUGCCAGGAUGAUGAGUCGUUCCCAUCAUAAUCUGGGUCAGCUGCUUGAGCCACCAGAGCACAGGAUGAUGCCUUUUAGUAGCCAAACACAGAGCGGCAUAGGCCGAUCCCAAGUGCUCGCAACAUCACACCAGCGUGCCAGCUCUGACACCGACUCCAUCGCGGUCAACAGACAGCAGGAGAGCAGUGUGUUCAGCUCCUCAGCCCAUGGCAGUCCUAGCUGGAGCCCCAAAAGCCUGAAGAAAGAAUCUGACUCUUCCUCCUGUGAGGACACGGGACAGGCAUAUGUCAUAGAUUCUCUGAAAAAGAAGUUACAUGCCUUACCCUCCCCAGAGCGAGAUAUACAGACCAUAAAUCUGAAGAAAGACAUCAAAUACGGGCUGGGCUUUCAUGUUGUUGGUGGAGAGAACUCGGGGCAACAUGACCUGGGCACUCUCAUCAGCUCCAUCACACCUGGUGGACCUGCUGAUAUGAACAGCUGUCUGAAACCAGGUGAUAGGCUGUUGAGUGUGAAUGAUGUCAGUCUGGAGGGCCUAUCACACAACACUGUGGUGGAGAUUCUCCAGAGUGCUCCUGAUGAUGUCACGUUGGUGGUCUCUCCAGACUCUACUUCAGGAAUCCAACAGUACAAAUCAGGCUCAGCCACACAAGAACAAGAUAUUGAUGUUGAUUAUUCCUCAGAAGAGCAUGCAGACUCUCCAAGCCCCUCUCCCACCUACAGCAAAACAUCUCCACCUCAGUCGGUCCGACAGGAGAGUGUAAGUUCGCAGGAUUCUCGAACAGAAAGCGCUGGUCACUUGCAAGCUAAUCUCAAUGGAUUCCAUCGCAACAUUCCUACUGAGUGUACCACUUCAGCCCAGUCGCUAUUUGCUGACAGUAAACCCACAAUUGAGGCCAUCCCACCAGCUUUGCCCCCUAAAACCAGGAAAUCCAAAGUCCCAGAGGUUCAGAAAGAGCUGGAAUAUUCAGACAGAGGGGAUUCCGACAUGGAUGAAGACACAUGUUCAAGUAGCCAAGAUAAACAAAAGACUAAAAAGGGGGUUUCUCCCAACAACGACAUGGAGACUUUAAGUGCUAGUAGCCCAGAAGUUAAUAGCCUCCAACCUGGAGAUCUAUUUGACGUUGAGCUGUCCAAAAUAGAUAGCAGUCUGGGCAUUAGUGUCACGGUACUGUUUGGAAAGGGUGGCUCGAAUACAACGUUGAGGCACGGAGGGAUAUACGUCAAAUCUCUCAUCCCUAAAGGAACAGCUGAGCUGGAUGGCAGGAUUAAGAAAGGAGACCGUGUAGUGGCCGUAAAUGGGAAGAGCCUGGAUGGUGCCACUCACAAAAAGGCAGUAGAGCUGUUAAGAGACACUGGGCAGGCGGUCCAUCUGUUGAUGGAGAAAGGUCAACCCCCAGCAGACACCGUUCAUGCCCCCCUGACCCCUCAAAGUACUGCCAAUCCCCAGAACAAUCCCUCAGAAACACAGAACACAGGCACAGAAGAGCCUACACCAGUGAAGAAAGCAGAUUACAACUUCAUCACACCAGAUAACACGUUUGAGGUGGGUUUGGUGAAGAACACAUCCGGUCUGGGCUUCAGUUUCAGUCGUGAGGAUAAUGUUCCCGGAGAGCCGGUGGGCUCCAGUAUGGUCCGGGUCAAGAAGCUGUUUCCCGGGCAACCAGCAGCCGAGAGCGGCCGUAUCCAAGUGGGCGACGUCAUCUUGCGUGUCAAUCAGACAUCACUGAAAGGAUUGUCACAACAUGAGGUGAUAUCUGCUCUAAGAGGGACUGGGCAAGAGGUGACCCUUCUGUUAUGUAGACCUGAGUCGGGGGUCUUACCUGGGAUGGACCCUGCCAUUAAGACUCCCGUGCCCUCUCCACGAAAACAAGUCAACCUUCAGCCCCAACCUGAUCCCAAGACCAGCUCUCCCCCUCAAGCAGAUCACGAGCGGUCGAUCGAUCUGUUGGAAGAAGCUCUGGAGAGGUCGCUGAUGAAGUCGCCCACUCGCAGGGACAGUUACAGCGACAGCACAGACAAUGACGAGCUGGAGGAGGCUUUCAGUCCCAAUAACCUGGAGCAGGUCAGCCAAGCCUGGGACCGCAUUCUCUACCAGACCCCCAUGUCUACCAAAUUCGGUCAAUACGAGAGCACCAAUCUGGAAGACACCAUACGAUCGGCGUAUUACUCACCCAGACAGUCAAUGUCUAGACAAGAGGUCAAAAAAAGUGAUCUGGACAGCUCCGCAAUGUGCAUAUCGUCUUCUCCUGCCCUGUCUGAAGGUGGUGUCGUGAGCCCCAGUCCAGACCCUCUUCCUCCACCGUCGCCAAACCCAGUUAACCUAAGUCUCCAAGACCACGCCCAUGAGGAGAAGUUUAUCCCUGAGGUGGAGCUGAAGGUCUCUCUGGGGAAGUCUGAUAAAGGAAGUUUAGGCUUCACUCUCACUAAAGGAACAGACAACAACUGCUACAUCCAUGACAUAAUCCAUGAUCCUGCUAAAGGAGAUGGCAGACUGCGGCCUUUGGAUCGCAUGAUAAUGGUGAAUAACACAGAUGUGUCUGGCAUGAAUCACACAGAGGUGGUGAACCUGGUGCGUGCCGCCCCCAAUGUCGUGGACCUUGUGGUGGGCCGCGUUCUAGAACCACCCAAACCACCAAUAGAGGCCCAUCUUCUGCCUGACAUCUCAUUUCAGUGCCACGACGAGCCUCUGGGGCUGGUUCUUGAUGGAGGAAGUGACAGUGGGUUGGGCAUGCUGUACAUAAAAGACAUUAUCUCCGGGUCUGUAGCCUCUACAGAAGGCAGUUUGAGGCACAUGGAUAUCAUACAUUACAUCAACGGAGCUCCGACACAGGAUCUGACUUUGAGCGAGAGCUGUAGACUCCUUCAGCUGUCAUUGAGGAAUCUAACGCUCAAAGCCACCAGUAGGAAUGGAAAGCCUGUUUUUCCGGGUGAAGAGCAGAUGUCAUUACUGAACAAUAACAUCAGUCCUAAAGUCUUUCAGAGUAUGAAUGGUUAUCUCCAUAGCAACGAUCAUAACGACAUAGAGGCCCAAUCCUGUAUCUGUCCAGCUGAGGAGCAGAUGAUAAAGCUGCAGUUGGUGAAACCGCCAGAAGGGGGCCUGGGCUUUUCUGUGAUUGGUGGAGAGAGGGGCAUUUUCGUGAAGUCCAUCACCCCUGGAGGCACAGCAGACACGGCAGGCACGUUACAAGUUGGCGAUCGUUUACUAAAGGUCAACGAUGAUCUGAUGAUCGGCGUGUCUCACUCUAAAGCCGUUACCACCAUCCGUAAAGCGAAAGGCUUGGUGCACAUGAUCGUUUCUCGUACACCUGAUCAAAUGCCUGAAAUGGGUUUCCUGCCUCUCAAAUCCAAUGGGGUCAACGGCAACAACGAUGUGAGUGAAGACAGUGGCGUCAAGACCAAACUCCAGACACCGUCCGAGCAGAGCAAGAGCAACAAUCCACCUACCCUCCCUCCAAUAGACUAUGACACUGGCUCUCUAGGGAAACUGAAGGAAACGGAAGGAAGUGUUGAUCUAUCAGAGGACACCGAUUGUGAUGGCUCUUCUUUGCCAGAAGACUCUCCAGAGACCUAUCGGAAGGCAGACUGGAAAGAAAAUGUUGAUUAUCCACUGAACAACAGUGCCCAGCAGUCAUCAUCAGGUCAGCUGGAUGAAGAUGAGAUAACGUGGGGAAGUGACGAGCUGCCCAUAGAGAGCAUCAACUCUAAAUUUACCGAAGAUGGACCAAUUGUUACAGAGGAUGAGUUGACAUCUCUUGCACUGGUUAAAGUAGUUCCUGACAGUCAUUAUACAUCCACUGAACUCAACACUGUGGUCCGCAUGAUGAGGGGUCUACUGGAACAGAAAGUUCCUCUGCAAGAGUUUGAGAAUCUGCAAAAUUUGCAGCCCUUAGAUGACUGUCUAAUCGGCCAGACCAAAGAGAACAAGAAGAAAAACCGCUACAAAAACAUUGUUCCAUUCGACACAACUAGGGUCAUGUUGGGAAAGGAUGGCGGCUACAUAAAUGCCAACUUCAUCAAGAUGCCAGUUAAGGACGAGGAUUUCAUGUACAUUGCAUGCCAGGGUCCUCUGCCCACUACACUGGGCGACUUUUGGCAGAUGGUUUGGGAGCAGAAGUCCAACGUGAUUGCCAUGAUGACACAGGAAGUGGAGGGAGGGAAGGUGAAAUGUCAAAGGUACUGGCCCGACACGCCCCGUUCACCCGAAAUGGUUGAUGACCGUCUUCAGAUUACGUUGGUCAAAGAUCAGCACCUGGACAACUUUGUCAUUCGCCUCAUAGAGGUCAAAGACAUCCAGACCACUGAGAUCCAGCAAAUCACACAUCUGAAUUACACUGGCUGGCCUGAUCAUGGCACUCCGACUCAACCUGAACAACUCCUGACCUUCAUUUCCUAUAUGAGACAUAUCCAUCAAUCAGGCCCCAUCAUCACUCACUGCAGUGCAGGGAUUGGCCGAUCAGGAACACUAAUUUGCAUAGAUGUGGUUCUUGGCCUCAUCAGUAAAGAUGCAGAUUUUGACAUAUCUGAUGUUGUACGCACCAUGAGACUCCAAAGGCAGGGCAUGGUGCAAACAGAGGAACAAUACAUUUUCUGCUACCAGGUCAUCUUAUACGUGCUCCGAUGUCUACAAGCAGAAGAGAAACUCUCAGGAUGAAAUUGUGGACACACUCUGCCUUUCUGCUGUCUUAAACAGGGUCAAAUAACCAUGUGCAUCAAUCAACCAGAAUUUUUGGUAGCAGUUUCUUCUUUAUUUUCAAUGCAGGGCCUCAGCCUUGUCAGCACAAAUUUGUCUUACAAUGUUUUGGAUGUCAAUGACGCAUACAAUUCUUGCAAAAUGUAGUGUAUACCUAUCGCUUACAUUCUUGACCAUUGGCUGCUACUUAGAAACCAUUUAUUUUAUAAUUAUUAUUAUUAUUAUAAUUUUUUUGUAAAACAGUUUUUAAAGAUUCCUUGAAGAUUAUGGAUCAAAUAUAAAAGAAGUAAUUUUUUCUGGUACAAAAUUAUUCUUGUGUGUUUUAAAUGAAACGAUGCUGGAAAUGUUGCCUUGACAUAAUACGAGACAGUAUUUGCUUUAUAAAUCUUUUAUAAAUCACUGAGUGACAAUGGUAAUUGAAGAAAGUAAAAGUGUUAUAUUUAGUGUGAUAUUUAUCUUGUGAAAUCUGUUGAUAUGUUUUAAAGCUGUUACAUACUGGACAAUUUGCAAUUUGUAAAUAAAAGAAUAUCAUGCCUUUUCCUUUAAUUAUUGCA